AUGUAUACUUUUUCCACCAAUCUAUUCCCAAAAAUCUUCUCGGAAGGCGAAUCUGUAAAGGUGAACACCAACAGGACCCAGUCACACGGACCUGCUCAGCACAACAUGCCCAGUACCAGUGAAGGGAGUCAUGAUGAUGAUGGAUGCAGUAGGGCACUGGGAUCUGUGCAAAGGAAGAGAGUUGUGCCACGACAGUGCAUCAUCAAUGACACUGAUGAAGAUAGUGAUGAAAUUAAUGACAAAGAUAUGGAGGAUAGCAGCAAGGGUUCCGCCUGUGGUGAAGAUGAGAAUGAACGAAGUGAUGCAGGUCCCAAUUUCCUCAAUUACAACAAAGGGAAGUGCUGA